AAGAAGAAGAAGAAGAAGAAGAAGAAGUAGUAGCAGUUAGGCUUCAGGGAAUCACUACGUUUCAUAGUGAAGGAGGCUUACUGAUUUCACAUCAAAAUGAUGACAUUUCUACCUAAACUGCUUUUGCUAGUAUUACUAGCUUUCCCGGCCACGAUUAUCAUGAAAGGGCCAUUGGUGGCAGCUCAGGAUGCUACUGAGGACGAGGAGGCAGCUGAUGAAGAUGCUGUGGAUGAUGAUGUGAACGCAGAGGAUGAGGAUGACGAGGCCGAAGUUGAAGAUGAUGAAAAUACGGAAUUGACGGAAGAAAAAGAGGAAGAGGAGGAAGCCGUAGGAGGAGAUGUGAAAGCCUCCCCCAAUGCUGACACCACCAUCCUCUUCGUCAAGGGAGAUGACUUCCCAGCUAACGACAUUGUGAAGUUCCUGAUGGGCUUCACCAACAAAGGCAGCGACAACUUUGUGGUGGAGUCGCUGGACGCAUCCUUCCGCUACCCGCAGGACUUCCAGUUUUACAUCCAGAACUUCACAGCCCUGCAGCUGGGAAUAGUGGUGCCUGCCGGGCGCCAGGCCACAUUUGAGUACUCUUUCAUCCCCGCCGAGCCCAUGGGUGGGCGCCCCUUCGGCCUGGUUAUCAACCUCAACUACAAGGACAGCAACGGUAACUUGUUCCAGGAUGCUGUGUUCAACCAGACUGUGACCAUCACAGAGAGAGAGGACGGACUGGACGGAGAGACGAUCUUCAUGUAUGUGUUCCUGUCUGGUUUGGGUCUGCUGGUGGUGGUAGGCCUUCAUCAGCUGCUAGAGUCCAGAAAGAGGAGGCGGCCAGCUGCCAAGGUGGAGAUGGGCACUUCUAGCCACAACGAUGUGGACAUGAGCUGGAUUCCCCAGGAGACCCUUAACCAGAUCAUGCAGAGUCGGCGAGACAAGGCUUCCCCCAGACGAUCUCCCCGCAAGCGGACACAGAAGCGCUCUGCUGGUUCGGACGAGUGAUGGGCCCCCACUGCCCAGUUCUGCCAGUCGCGCCUGAUGCAGCCAUAGCGCCAACCUUGUCAGCUGGGGAGAGGCAACAGCCUUCUCUCACCACAAAAUCUCUUCACAAGAGGCCGGUUUCUACUGCUAAACUAGACGAUAAAUACCAAACGGACCCAUUUUAUUUUAUUUUGUCGAGGCGUUAUUAUCACAGGUAUUGUGAUGAAGAAAUGGUUAAUUCAUUUUGAGUAAGUUUUUGUUAAGAUUAAAGCCCUGAAAGAUGGAGAUGGGAGGGGGGGAUAUUAGAGCUAGGUAAAUGAUAGUGGGGGAUGAUACAUUUCAUGUUUUUUUUCUUUUAGGUAAUUUUUGGUUGCGAUUGCCUUUCAUGUUUUUACCUGUGGAUAUCUUUUUGAGGCAGAAUAGUGAUUGUUGUUUUUGGUAUCCCGGAGAGCCAUGAUUACACACACCAUGUCUGUAAGAAAAAAAUAUAUAUAAUGUUUUGCACUGGUUAAUAUCUACACAUUUGUGUUUCUGUCACAUUGUUCUCUGCUGCUUCGUGGCACAGAGGAUGGCUGGCUUCGAAUCUUGUCAUUUGAAGUGCACUGCAAUGUUCGGCCAUCUUUCACAGCUUGGAUGAUUCGGUGAAGACAUGAGGACAUGGUAAACAGUCUUCUUUUGUCCUCAAUGUGCCUGUAAAAAAAAUAUAUACACGUUUUGUGUCAUUUACUGUAAA